AUGGUGCGCUUAUUAGUGAAUCCGGCACAAAUGAAGGCCGUACAAGACGCUGAAAAGACGGGUAUCCCAUUGGUCUACUUGCCUCUACAUCGAUCUCAUCUUGACUAUUUGCUAAUCACAUGGAAUUCUUGGCAUUUCGGUCUUCGAUUGCCACAUAUAGCUUCAGGAGACAACUUGAAUCUCAGCGGCUUCGGGUGGCUUCUACGAGCAACUGGUGCUUUCUUCAUUCGUCGUCGUUUGGACGCCAGUGACGAGAAUGGAAAGGAUCAAAUGUAUAGAACUGUUCUCCGUUCGUAUUUGGAAGAAGUGCUAAAGAAAAACUUGCCAAUCGAGUUCUUUUUGGAGGGCACAAGAUCCCGAUUCGGAAAAGCUUUACUCCCGAAGAAUGGGCUUAUCUCAAAUGUUGUGGAAGCUGUACAGCAAGGUGUUAUUGGUGACGUCUAUCUUGUGCCCGUCUCUUAUACAUAUGAUCAGGUAGCUGAAGGCGUGUUUCUACAAGAGUUAAUGGGUAAUUCAAAGCAGCGUGAGAGCAUUUUGAGCGUUUUCAGGGGUAUUUGGAAAGGUUUCGGUCUUUACCAACGCUGUGGUACGGUGAGAAUGCACUAUGGAAAGCCGGUUCUUCUAACGGAAUACCUCUCCUCACUUUCUUCAUGUUCAGCAAUUCGCUCCGAACAUCGUCCAAAGCAAUUGACGAGACUUCCAUAUAGCUUCUCUUAUCGUGAACUCGUCCCAUGGACCCAGAGUCAAUCGGCGGCCGAGUUCAAUCGCGCUCUCAUUCGAUCGAUCGGUUUUCAUGUGGUUUACGAAGCUCAGGAAAUAUGCUCAAUUUCACCAGUAUCUAUCGUCUCGACUCUACUGCUCUCAAAAUAUAGAAAUGACACGACUUUUGAUGCGUUGGCAAACGACACCCAAUGGUUGGCUGAAAUUGUGCUCCGAGAUGGUGGAGAUAUCGUUGGCUGGAGACGAGAUGGUACAACAGGCAAUCACUUACUCGAGUACGCCCUUCCUUACAUGAAAAGUUCGGUUACGCGAGAGGGUGAUAAGAUGGUUUCUGUCAAGACGCAUCGUCAAAGAAUUCAGUUGGCCUAUGGAAAAAAUGCUUUGCUUCAUCGAUUCUCUUUGAAAGCAGUUCUUGCUAUUUCGGUGAUCUCUCGUGACCCGAAUGAGGUGAUCUUCUUUGAUUCGGUGAUUGAACAAGCUCUACACAUCUGCGACUGGUUACAACAUGAAAUCAUCUUUGCAAAGCCAUGUGAAAGUCUUCGCCAACGUCUACGGGUAACCCUUGGUGAGGAAGGAUUGAGUGAUAUGUACGUGGGAUCGUUGCGAAUUUCUGGCGGAGAAGAAGAGGGAGCCGGUAAUCAACCAAUGACAGUCAAGAUUCCUUCUAUCUAUCAAGCUGAUGUGUUGAUGUUCUACUCAAAUUUUAUUCGGCCGUUCAUUCAAACGAUGUACAUCGUGAUAGAAAGAUUGACAAAAGAGCUCAAACCUUGUCGAGAAAUUGAAUUCAUUCGCGAUUUGAUCAAGCAAACGCUAAGCAAAUCAGCCUCCGAGUUUCCUUUUGAUUUGAUGGUGGAAGCUGUUAACUCAGAUUCGAUCAAGAACUGCUUGCGAACACUACGCGAUCGAGAGAUUGUCACCAAUGAAAGUGAACCACUACGCGUCCUGGAGCCAGAAUCGCUUCGAGAUGCGCUCCAUUUCGCUCAACUCCUCACUGUACAUCUUCGUUCCGAUUCCGACGAGUCUGAAGUCAUU